CCCGCAACCACAGUUUCUAUGACGCCCGGGGGAGGACGCGCAGUAUUAAUAUUAGAGGCGGGUGGGACGACGGUGUGGAGAGAGGAGGAGCUUAUGUCGAAAGUGCGCGUGCGCAAAAGCCCACUCAGGUGUAAUUCGCGCUGCUCGCGAGGUUUGAUCCCGGCGCGAAUAGGAGGGAGAGAUCUCUUGGUUACUGUCAUUGUGCGGGUUGGCGGCGCGCGUGUUAGGAAUGCGCACGCGCCGUACGAGCAGGCGCGGGAGAAUUUGCCGCCUUACAAGAGAGGAGAGGAAGGAUGUCCUUGGCGCUAGUUCAAGGGGCGACGGGGCAGCCUGGCGGCAGUGAUAUAGGUAAUAGGCACCUGACUGAAGAUGCAGACAAAGAGAAAGGGCAUCUUAUAACAGCAGGAGGGGAAUGUGUUGAUCCCAAGGAGGAAGAUACUGAGACCAUCACAGAAAGUCUAACUUGGUGCAAAGAGUCUGAAGCAACUGUAUCUUUCCUGGCUCCGCUGUGUCGCAAAGCUGUUCCUGAAGGAUGGGAAAGGAUAAUAAAGCAAAGACAGUCUGGCAAAACAAAAGGAAGAUACGACAUCUAUUUUGUCAGUCCCCAAGGAGUGAAGGUCAGAUCCAGACGUGCACUUUUGGAUUACUUUAAAAAGAACGGAGAGACUGUUCUUAAAUCAGAGGACUUCGAUUUUUCUGUCUCUGUUCGGGAGAGUAUCCUAUCAAGCACAAGGGCUCUGGGGGCAGAAGGACAGAACUGUAUCACUAGCAGCCAGACUCUAGAUCUUGGACUGCAAAGCAGUGAAGAAAAGCAAAAUAAGAUUUUGGAAUUUCAAACCAGUGCUAGUGAGCCAGAUUUGCAGGAUGGGCCCACUGCAGAGGACCCCUCAAAGGAUUCCUGUUUCAAAGCCCAAGAGAGGAGUACUGCUCAGAGGAAGACUCAAAUUAAGAAAGCUAAAUGCGGUUCAGAAAUGGGGAAUCUGGAUGAUGCCUAUAACACAAGACGGAGGAAACGACCCCCAAAAAGUCAAAGGGCAGAAACUGUUAAAAAUCCCAGAAGAAAAAAAGAUACAUACAUUUUUAACAGUGUCCAUAAAGUGUGCCAGAGAGGCUCAAGAAAAAGGAAAACAUGCUUAAAGGACGAACUGCUGGUUUCUGAACCAAAAGUGGAGUUGCAUGUUGGACCAGUAGCUGCUGUCUUGGAACACAAGUCAAGCACAGAAGUUUUAAAAUGUGAUGAGGAUCCCACCAGCGUAGUUUCUGUAGCAGCUGAUGAAAAUUUUUCAGAAUUGGAAAACCAGAGAAACAGGGUGCCUUCAGGGAGCCAGGAGUUAAACAUUGCUUCCAAUAUGGAAGUUACUGACUCACAGACCAGUGAUGAGAGCCAUUUUACAUCAGUAAAAGAGGACAAUUUUCGAAGACCUCAAGUGGAGAGAAGGAAAACCAGUCCAUAUUUUUCUAGUAAAUUCAUUCAAGGAGCUCCAAGCCCACCUAGAAGGAAGGCCUUUCGGAAAUGGACUCCACCUCGUUCUCCUUUUAAUUUGGUCCAAGAAACACUCUUUCAUGAUCCAUGGAAACUUCUCAUUGCAACUAUCUUUCUGAAUAAGACCUCAGGUAAGAUGGCCAUCCCUGUGCUCUGGGAAUUUUUCAAGAAAUAUCCUUCACCUGAAAUCGCAAGAGCUGCAAACUGGAAGGAAAUGGCAGAGUUGCUUAAACCUCUUGGCCUUUAUGAACUCAGAGCAAAGACCAUCAUCAAAUUUUCAGAUGAAUACUUGGUCAAACAGUGGAGGUAUCCUAUUGAGUUGCAUGGGAUUGGAAAAUAUGGAAAUGACUCUUACAGGAUCUUUUGCAUCAAUGAGUGGAAAGAGGUAACUGAUACUGCCAUCUUCUUAAAUCAAUGGAAGAUUAAGUGUUCUGCUUUUGAUUUUUGUAAUGCCUGUUGGAUGAAUAACAUCUGAUACCCUUUUAAAUGUGUUGUGGGAGGGGAUGGAUGGGGUUAUUGGUUUGUUGUUGUUGUUCUUUUUAUUAUGUAUUUUGUGGUUUUUAUCUCUUAUUUUUAUGUUGUGAACCGCCCUGGGAUCUAUGGAUGAAGGGCAGGAUACAUAUUUAAUAAAUAAAUAAAAAUAUAUAAUGGAAUGGCCAAGGCCCUAAAACAAGAAGCCCUUAAUCAUGUGGUACAAGACCUACGAUGAGGGCAGGCCCUUUCUCCUUUAUUUGUUUUUAAUUAAAUGAUUUUUCAUCCACCAAACCAAAAAAGCCUCCUGGAGCAGCUUAACAGAGAUCAAUAAGAAGACA